CAACCAAACACAAUCCAACAAAGAAGGCGAAAAAGAAUCCCAAUCCACAAAACCAUUUAAUUUGCAAACAAAUCACCAUACAAACAAACAAAAAUGGUUAAAGAAGAAUGGGUUUAAAAGGGGGAAAUGGGUCCCAAAUUCAAACACAGCUGCAACCCAUUUCACCAUGGCUUCUCUUCAUAGAAAGCAAGCUAACCAUGCUUGCUUUCUUAUUAUUCUUUUUCUCUUCUUCUCUCUCCCAUCUUUCUCUAUCUCUCUCUCUGAAGCCGAAGCUUCAUAUCUUACUCGUCGUCAACUAUUGACUCUCAAAAACUAUGAUGAACUCCCCCUUGACUUUCAAUACGAACUCGACAUUCCUGACACUUUCCCAAACGAGAGGUUGAAGAAAGCUUAUAGAGCCCUUCAAGCCUGGAAAUUAGCUGUUUAUUCCGACCCACAAAACAUGACUGCCAAUUGGGUAGGCGCCGAUGUUUGUUCUUACACCGGCGUCUUCUGUGCUCCGGCGCUCGAUGACCCAAAAAUUGAGGUUGUGGCUGGCAUUGAUUUGAACCAUGGUGACAUUGCAGGACACUUGCCUCCGGAACUUGGGCUUUUGACCGAUUUGGCUCUCUUCCAUAUUAACUCUAACCGAUUCUGUGGGAUCAUUCCUUCUAGCUUCUCCAACCUUGUACUCAUGUUUGAGUUUGAUGUCAGCAACAACCGCUUCGUUGGCCAUUUUCCUCUCGUUGUCCUCGAAUGGCCGAGUGCGAAGUACCUCGAUCUCAGAUACAAUGACUUCGAAGGAGAAAUCCCCUCCACACUUUUCACCAAGGACUUCGAUGCCAUCUUCCUAAACAACAAUAGAUUCAAUUCCCUAAUCCCUGACACCAUCGGAAACUCCACCGUCUCCGUUGUCUCCUUCGCGAACAACGAAUUCCAUGGUUGCAUUCCUAGCACUAUUGGCCAAAUGUCUAACCUCAACCAAAUUCUCUUCCUCGGCAACAAGCUCAGCGGCUGUUUCCCACCUGAGAUCGGAAACCUAGUCAAUCUCACAGUUUUUGAUGUCAGCAACAAUGACUUCAUAGGUCAAUUGCCGGAAUCCUUGUCUAGCCUCCAAAAUUUAGAGAUUAUGGACGUUAGCAACAAUGAAUUGAGAGGCUCUGUCUCUGGAGGCCUUUGUAAGUUGCCUAAAUUGGCUAACUUCACCUUCUCCUUUAAUUACUUUAAUGGAGAAGAUGCGGCAUGUGCUACAUCUAAAGGAUCAGAGAAGCUCUUUGACGAUAGUCAAAAUUGUUUGGCAAAUCGACCUAUGCAGAAAGAUGCAAACAAAUGUAGCACUGUCUUGAAGAAAUCAGUGGACUGUGGAAGUUGUGGUGGUGGGUCGAGUUCUCCUGGUGUGCCGUCGACCUUUGAGGAUCCAUAUGAUCAGUCUCCAUUGCCAAGAUAUAGGUCUCCACCACCUCCAGUUGUGACUCCACCAUCUCCAAGCGAGACCUCUGUUCCAUCAUCACCACCGUCUCCAAUUGAGUCUUCACCACCAACCUCGACUCCAUCCCCACCACCCCCCGUCCACUCUCCUCCACCGCCUGUUCACUCACCACCACCACCGGUUUCCUCUCCUCCACCACCAGUUCACUCUCCACCACCACCGGUUCACUCUCCACCUCCACCGGUUCACUCCCCACCUCCUCCAGUUCACUCACCACCACCACCGGUCUCCUCUCCUCCACCUCCUGUUCACUCACCACCACCACCGAUCUCGUCUCCUCCCCCUCCUGUUCACUCACCACCACCACCGAUUUUCUCUCCACCUCCACCGAUUCACUCUCCACCUCCACCUGUUUACUCUCCACCUCCACCGGUUCACUCUCCACCACCCCCUGUCCACUCCCCACCACCCCCUGUCCACUCUCCACCACCCCCAGUCCAUUCCCCACCCCCACCUGUCUACUCUCCACCUCCACCGGUUCAAUCUCCACCACCACCAGUUUACUCUCCACCGCCACCUGUCUACUCUCCACCACCACCAGUCCAAUCUCCACCACCACCAGUCCAAUCUCCACCACCUCCAACGUCAUCUCCUCCUCCUCCUCCUCCCGAUUCUUCACCACCACCAUCAUUUGAAGAUGUGAUCCUCCCACCAAAUAUCGGCUUCCAAUACGCAUCACCGCCUCCACCAUUGUUUCCCGGUUACUAA